GCUGCGGGGACAUGCCGCCGCCUGCAGCGCAGCCCUUUUCCACGGGCUCCAUUGGCUGAGCUGCACGCGGAGCAGGACCUGGGCGGAGAGACACGAUGGGUCCCUGGCUGCCUUCUCGCGCUACACAUCUGUGUACCCAGAAGAGAAAUCCUGAUUAUAUGCAUUGGUCUCAUCACAAUGUUACAUCAUCUAGUAUUUCUCUUUGGAAUGUCGCUGGUAGCCAGAGAAAUAUUUGCAUUUACAAGCUGCUAUUCCAAUGGCCAAAUUGCCAAUUAUUAUUUUUGUAACCUGACUGAGGUUCCACCUGUGCCCAAUAAUACAGUUAUACUCUGGCUAAGUUUCAACAAAAUCAGGCAAGUGAAUGCAUCCUCCUUCCCUCUGCUGGAACAGUUGCUGAUUUUGGAAAUUGGAACCCAGUUUGACUUUCCUGUUACCAUAGGGAAAGCAGCUUUUAGGAACCUGCCAAACCUUCAAAACUUAGAUUUAGGAGACAAUAAGAUACUUCAUCUGGAUCCUGAUGCUUUUGUGGAGUUGUCAAAUGUACAUACACUCCAGCUAUAUCACAACAGUCUUGAGGAAUCCAUUCUGGAAGAAGACUAUCUUCGAGAUAUGAUCUCCUUAGAAUAUUUGGAUCUUUCUAAAAACAAGAUCAAACGCCUUCGCCCUCAUCGCUUAUUUUACCGUCUAAAAUCCUUGCAAAUUGUGAACCUGGAAAACAACAAGAUACCCAUCUUAUGUGAAGGAAACCUUGCUAGCUUCCAGGGAAAACUCUUCACAUUGUUUAUUCUCAAUUCUAAUAAAUUAUACUACUCAGUUUCUAUGGACUGGGCCAAGUGUGGAAAUCCUUUCAAAAACAUAGCCCUGGACACCCUGGAUCUUGGUGGUAAUGGCUGGGGUGUAGAUAUAAUGCGACACUUCUGUACAGCUGUGAAUGGGACUUCAAUUAUUUUUUUGAAGCUUAGCAAUCACAUAAUGGGUCCAGGAUUUGGCUUUAAGAACCUCAAAGAUCCAGACCAAGAUACAUUUGCAGGGCUAGCAAGAAGUGGCGUUCGCUUACUGGAUAUUUCACAUGGUUCCAUUUUCUCUCUCAAUCCUUAUGUAUUUCAGAGCCUUGGUGAUUUGGAAUUGCUGAACCUUCACAACAACAAGGUAAAUCAGAUCCAAAAACAAGCAUUUUUUGGCCUGGGAAACCUAGGAACUCUCAACCUGUCAUAUAACAUUUUGGGGGAGCUGUACGAUUACAUUUUUGAGGGGCUUCAGAAUGUGAUGCAUAUUGAUUUGAAACAAAAUCAUAUUGGAGUAAUUGCUGAGAAUUCGUUCAGGGAUUUAAGAAAGUUAAAGUUGGUGGAUCUCCGGGACAAUGCCAUUAAAACUCUCCCUUCUUUCCCAGCCAUGAUCACUCUUCAUUUAAGUGACAAUAAGCUAGCAUCUGUAGAUAACAAGAAAAUAAAUGCAACAUUCCUUAUCUUGGAAAGAAACAGAUUGGAGAAUCUGGGUGUUCUUCAUAUUCUUUUACAAGUUCCAGAUGUGAAAUAUAUCUUGUUAAGACAAAAUCGCUUAUCUUAUUGUGUUAAAACUGUUAAUGUUAUAGAAAAUAAUCAGUUAGUCUACUUGGAUCUAGGAGAAAAUAUGUUAAAGCUUGUGUGGGACAGAGGUUUAUGUUUGGAUGUGUUCUGGGCACUUUCCAAACUAGAGGUGCUCCACCUGAAUAACAACUACCUUACUACCCUUCCACAGGGUAUUUUUAGUGGUCUAACAUCAUUAAACAGACUUAAUUUAGCCUCCAACCUGUUGUCUUAUCUUUCUCCUGGUGUUUUCCCUGAGAGCCUAAAGACACUUAAUAUGUCUGAAAACCAACUUCUUUCACCUGCCCUUGAGCUCUUCAUGACUUUGAGUAUCCUGGAUAUAACAAAUAACAGGUUUUUCUGUGAUUGCACUUUAAACACCUGGACAGCAUGGUUAAAUCAAACCAAUGUGACCUUAGCUGGCUCAGAAAAUGACACAUACUGUGUCCUCCCACCUUUUUUCACAAGGGUUCCACUCUCUUCAGUGGCACUUGAUGGCUGUAAUGAAGACGAACUCCAGAAGCCUCUACAGUUCUCACUGUUCAUCUUCACUUCAGUCACUCUGAUAAUGUCCCUAACAGCAGUCAUCAUUUUUAGUCACUUUCGAGGGACUUGUUUUGUCUGGUAUAAGACCAUCAAAGGCGCUCUGCUAAAAGAACGUAAGCAAGCAAUAGAUACAAGUACAUAUAAAUAUGAUGCAUAUUUAUGCUACAGCAGCAAAGACUUUGAGUGGGUCCAAAAUUCAUUGAUAAAGCACCUGGACUCUCAGUAUUCUGAGAAAAACAGAUUUACUUUGUGCUUUGAAGAGAGAGAUUUCCUGCCUGGGGAGGAACAGAUCACCAACAUCCGUGAUGCCAUUUGGAACAGCAGGAAGACCAUUUGCAUUGUGACAAGGCAGUUCCUCAAGGAUGGGUGGUGUGUGGAAGCCUUUAAUUUUGCCCAGAGCAGAUACUUUUGUGACCUGAAAGAUGUCCUCAUUAUGGUUCUUGUUGGGUCACUUUCUCAGUAUCAGUUGAUGAAAUACAAACCGAUUAGAGUCUUUGUGCAAAGAAGUCAGUACAUGCAGUGGCCUGAAGACCAUCAAGAUGUAGAUUGGUUUUUAAAUAACCUUUCUCACCAAAUUCUGAAAGAAAAAAAAGUGCAAAAGAAAUCCACUGUUAUAGAAAUGCAAACUGUAAGGACAAUCUCAUAGUUAGGAGGGUUGUUCAUGGUUCAUAUUAUUAGUGCUAUAAAACACACUUUUGUAGUUACAUUUUUGCUUGUGACUUGACAGUUACUUAAAUAUUCUAAAUCCAUUUCCACCUGUGGCAUGUCAGGAAAGAAGCAUGGGCCAUGCUUCAGCUUUCCCUGACAAAUGGGUAGAAUAUAACUUCCUUGGUUUAAGUUUUAAUAAAUAUGGCAUCAGCUUUAAAGUCACCAGCAAAUGGAAUUAACAAAAUUCAAUCACUCUAGGAACUAUGGCCCAUAUUUUCAAAAGAAGUCACCAAAUAUGGGUGUUCAGAUUAGGACACCCUGGGUCUGAUUUUCAGAGAUGCUGAGUGCUCACAGGUCCCCAUGACAAUGAGAGGAGUGGGUACUCAGCAAUUACAAAAAACAGGUGCAUGUUU